AUGUUCUCAUACUACCACUUGAUACCAACCGAUGAUUCUGCGUGGAUGAAUUUGCUUCCAAGAAAGAUACUGAGGGAAGAAGAUGAAAAUGAAUGGGCAAUGAUGUACAGGAAAAUGAAAAUUCCAAAUGGUUUUGAGGCCUCUGGAGGCUUUCUUAAGGAAGUGUCAUUGCAUGAUGUGAGGUUGGAUCCAACUUCACAACAUGGACGGGCACAGCAAACAAAUUUGGAGUACCUAUUGAUGUUAGACUCAGAUAGUUUACUUUGGAGCUUUCGGAAGACAGCAGGUUUACCAACAAUUGGGACACCAUAUAAGGGGUGGGAGGAGCCGACUGGUGAGCUUCGAGGUCAUUUUGUAGGGCAUUACUUGAGUGCAUCAGCACUAAUGUGGGCUAGCACUCACAACAAUACCCUCAAAGAUAAAAUGUCUGCAAUAGUGGACAAUCUAUAUCUUUGUCAGAAGAAAAUUGGCAGUGGAUAUCUUUCUGCUUUUCCAUCUGAGCAAUUUGAUCGAUUUGAAGCUAUUAAGCCUGUCUGGGCUCCUUAUUACACCAUUCACAAGAUCUUGGCAGGCCUAUUGGAUCAAUAUACAUAUGGUGAAAAUACUCAAGCUUUAAAAAUGGUGACAUGGAUGGUCGAUUACUUUUACAACCGUGUUCAGAAUGUAAUUUCAAAGUACAGCGUAGAAAGACAUUAUCUGUCACUUAAUGAAGAAACCGGUGGCAUGAAUGAUGUUCUUUAUAAGUUAUAUGUUAUCACAAGAGAUACGAAGCAUUUGUUGUUGGCUCAUCUUUUUGACAAACCAUGCUUUCUAGGAUUGCUGGCAGUGCAGGCUGACGACAUAUCUGGUUUUCACGCUAACACGCAUAUCCCAAUUGUAAUUGGUUCUCAAAUGCGAUAUGAAGUCACUGGUGAUCCACUUUAUAAGGAAAUGGGGAUUUUCUUUAUGAACGUUGUUAACUCUUCCCACAGCUAUGCAACAGGAGGGACAUCAGUCAGUGAGUUCUGGUCAGACCCUAAAAGAUUGGCAAGCACUCUACAAACAGAGAAUGAGGAGUCGUGCACGACUUAUAACAUGUUGAAGGUCUCUCGCCACCUGUUUAAAUGGACCAAAGAAACAGCAUAUGCGGAUUAUUAUGAACGAGCUCUGACAAAUGGUGUGCUAAGCAUCCAAAGAGGGACAGAGCCUGGAGUCAUGAUUUACAUGCUCCCACUUGGUCGUGGAGAUUCCAAGGCCAGAAGCUACCAUGGUUGGGGAAAACCAUUUGAGUCGUUCUGGUGCUGCUAUGGCACUGGAAUUGAAUCAUUCUCAAAGUUAGCAGAUUCCAUAUAUUUUGAAGAGGGAGGAGAAGUUCCUGGUCUUUACAUUAUCCAGUAUAUAUCAAGCUUGCUUGAUUGGAAAUCUGGACAAAUUGUGCUUAAUCAGACAGUUGAUCAAGUCAAUUCAUGGGAUCCUUACCUUAGAGUCACAUUGACAUUUUCUUCAAAGGAGGGGACAGGUAAAUCAUCUACCUUGAACUUGCGAAUGCCUAUUUGGACUGCUUCAAAUGGUGCAAAAGCAGCAUUGAAUGGUCAAAGUCUGAGUGUACCAGCUCCAGGUAGUUUCCUAUCUGUCACAAGCAAAUGGAGUUCUGGUGACACUUUGACCCUUCAGCUACCCAUUAGUCUAAGAACAGAGGCUAUUCAAGAUGAUCGGCCUGAGUAUGCUUCAAUUCAAGCAAUUCUUUAUGGUCCAUAUCUGCUUGCAGCUCAUACCAGCGGUAACUGGGACAUUAAAACUGGCUCAGCUAAAACCAUUGCCGACUGGAUAACUCCAAUCCCUUCUUCAUACAAUAAUUUUUUGGUUUCCUUCUCCCAACAAUAUGGAAACUCAAAAUUUGUCAUAGCUGUCGUAAACCAAUCGAUUUCAUUGGACGUCUUUCCUGAAACUGGCACUGACGCUUCUUCUCAUGCCACUUUCAGACUCAUUUUAAACGACUUGUCCACAAAGCUCUCUACAGUGAAUGAUGCUAUUGGCAAGUCAGUCAUUCUAGAACUGUUUAAUCUUCCAGGAAAGGUUUUAGUGCAGCAAGGGAAAGACAAGAAUCUUGGGAUAGCAGAUAUGUCCAGUAGUAAGGACUCUUCAGUUUUCCAUUUGGUUCCAGGUUUGGAUGGAAAGAACACAGUAUCCUUAGAGUCAGAAAGCUUCAAAGGUUGCUUUGUGUACAGUGAAAAAAUUGAGGCACUGGCAGGCUUGAAGCUCGUCUGCAGUCCAGAGUCAUCGGAUGCUGGAUUCAACCAGGCAGCCAGCUUUGUAAAGAGUAAUGGAAUAAGCCAGCAUCAUCCUAUCAGCUUUGUGGCUAAAGGAGCAACAAGGAGCUUUCUUCUAGCACCAUUGUCGAGCUUCAGUGAUGAAUCUUACACUGCUUAUCUCAACAUUACAGUCUGA